GAGGAAGAGACCUGACCAUUGGGCAUUCAGUUUGGGUCAGGUGGAAGAGAACGGGUGAUUGGUUUUACGCAGCCAUACUCUCUCCUGAUUGGACAGAAAAAGGUGUGAGAAAGAGAGAGAGAGAGAGAGAGAGAGAGAGAGAGAGAGAGCAGAUCCAGUCUGUCCGCUUCAGUCCCUGCUGACUCUCCACACACACACACACACACAUGCAGACACACACACACUGCAGGCUGAGAUGUGACUGUUAACCGGGAGGAAUACAGCGUUUCUGUUUCUGUGGGAUUUUUCUGUUUCUGUCAGCCGGAUGAUGGGAGAGGACAGGCGGGGACGCGGUCUGGCCAUGCCGGCCACUUGGGUUGCGGUGCUGCUGUGUGUGAUUACGCCGGUGUGCGCAGUGGAAGAGACAGUGAUGGAUACAAGGACAGCGACAGCUGAGCUUGGCUGGAUAUCGUUCCCUGCCAACGGAUGGGAGGAGGUGAGCGGCUACGACGAGAACCUCAACACCAUCAGGACGUACCAGGUGUGCAACGUGUUCGAGCCCAGCCAGAACAACUGGCUCCUGACCACUUACAUCGACCGGCGGGCGGCGCAACGCAUCUACGUGGAGAUCCGCUUCACCGUGCGUGACUGCGCCUCCAUCCCGAGCGUGCUGGGCUCCUGCAAAGAGACGUUCAACCUCUACUACCUGGAGACCGACAGGACGGUGUCGGAGGGCAUCAAAGGGGUGGAGUACUGGGCCAACGCCCCUUUUCUGAAGGUGGACACCAUCGCAGCAGACGAGAGUUUCUCCCAGGUUGAUUUCGGCGGGAGGCUAAUGAAGGUGAACACAGAAGUUCGGAGUUUCGGGCCGCUGUCCAAAGGCAGAGGGUUCCACUUGGCCUUCCAGGAUCUGGGCGCUUGCAUGUCCCUUCUGGCUGUCAGAGUGUUCUACAAGAAAUGCCCAAGCAUAGUGCAGAACUUUGCUUUCUUUCCAGAGACACUGACCGGAGCAGAGUCGACCUCAUUAGUCAUCGCUAGGGGAAGUUGUAUCCCCAACGCCGAGGAGGUCGACGUGCCCAUAAAGCUCUACUGCAACGGAGACGGAGAGUGGAUGGUGCCCAUCGGCAGCUGCAGCUGCAAGUCGGGUUACGAACCAGACAACGGCAACGUGUGUCGAGCUUGCCCUCAGGGCACCUUUAAGUCGUUCCAGGGGGCAGGAUUAUGUCAGCAAUGUCCACUCAACAGUCGCUCCACCAUCGAGGCUGCCACCCUCUGCGGUUGUCGGAACGGCUAUUACCGCGGAGACAUGGACAAACCGGAGGACGUGUGCACCAGCGUCCCUUCGGCUCCUCGCAACUUGGUCUCGGUCGUCAACCAGACAUCGGUGCUGCUGGAGUGGCACGCGCCUCGAGACAUCGGGCACCGUGACGACCUGUCGUACAACGUCUUGUGCCGCCGGUGCCACAGCAGCGAGCGGCGGGCAUGUCAGCCGUGCGACGACAGCGUGGCGUUCGUCCCAGGCAAGCGAGGGCUGAAGGAGGUGAGGGUGGAGAUCAGCAAACUGCGGGCCCACACGUCAUACACCUUCGACAUCCAGGCAGUCAACGGCGUCUCCAACAAGAGCCCUUAUCCCGCCCAGCAACUGUCAAUCAACAUUACGACCAAUCAGGCUGCUCCCUCAGCAGUUCCCAUAAUGCAUCAAGUCAGCUCAACGAGCCGCAGUUUCUCGUUGUCAUGGCCACCGCCCGAACAGCCCAACGGAAUUAUCCUCGACUACGAGAUACGAUACUAUGACAAGUCCCAGACAUCGGUGCUGAACAGCUCAGUGGUCCAGAGCGAAACGCCCAACGUUGUUCUGGAGGGUCUGAGACCGGGGACCGGCUACGUGGUCCAGGUGAGAGCCCGCACUGUGGCCGGCUACGGAGCCUACAGCAAGGACAUGCUCUUCCAAACACUCACCGAUGAUGAGUAUAAGUCCGAGCUGGGACAGCAGCUCUCCCUGAUUGCAGGUUCUUUAGUCGGUGGAGUGUGUAUCGUCUCAUUGGUCGCUAUCGUGAUCAUCUGCACCAGACGGCGGCAGCUGAAGGAGAGCGUGUACGGUGACAAGCUGCAGCAGUACAACACUGGAGGAGAGGUGACUCUCAGGCCUGACAUGUUUAGCGGCACCACCCCCACGGUGACCUUUCCCACCCUGUCAGAAGGUCACAGUUCACCGGGGGUCAAGAUCUACAUCGACCCUUUCACCUACGAGGACCCCAACGAGGCGGUGCGGGAGUUCGCCAAGGAAAUCGACCCCUCCUGUGUCAAAAUAGAGGAAGUCAUCGGAUCAGGAGAGUUCGGGGAGGUCUACAAAGGUCGGCUGAAGCCCGUCGGGAAGAAAGAAAUCCCCGUGGCCAUCAAGACCCUGAAGGUUGGUUACUCCGAGAGGCAGAGGAGGGACUUCCUGUCCGAGGCGUCAAUCAUGGGCCAGUUCGACCAACCCAACAUCAUCAGACUGGAGGGCGUGGUCACCAAGAGCCGGCCGACGAUGAUCAUCACGGAGUUCAUGGAGAACGGAGCUCUCGACUCUUUCCUCAGGCAAAAUGACGGGCAGUUCCCGGUGAUCCAGCUGGUUGGUAUGCUGAGGGGCAUCGCGUCUGGAAUGAGGUACCUGGCGGAAAUGAGUUAUGUUCACCGUGACCUGGCUGCCCGGAACAUCCUGGUGAACAGUAACUUGGUGUGUAAGGUGUCUGACUUCGGCUUAUCGCGGUAUCUGGAGGAGGACACCUCUGACCCCACCUACACCAGCUCACUGGGCGGUAAGAUCCCGGUGCGGUGGACGGCUCCGGAGGCGAUCGCCUACAGAAAGUUUACCUCGGCUUCAGAUGUCUGGAGUUACGGCAUCGUCACCUGGGAGGUGAUGUCAUACGGAGAGAGGCCUUACUGGGACAUGAGCAACCAAGACGUGAUAAACGCCAUCGAGCAGGACUUCAGGCUGCCAGCUCCCAUGGACUGUCCGGUAGUGCUGCACCAGCUGAUGCUGGACUGCUGGCAGAAAGACAGGAACGCACGGCCAAAAUUCCCCGAUAUCGUCAGCAUGCUGGACAAAAUGAUACGCAACCCUGCCUCUCUCAAAGCCGGCACCAACAACAUCGGCCCCGGCCCUUCCCAUCAUCCCUUGUUAGACCGUGGAGCUCCGGACCUCAGCAUGGUGAGCUCCGUGGAGGACUGGCUGGCUGCGCUCAAGAUGACCCAGUAUCGAGACUCCUUCCUGGGCUCCGGCUUCACUUCUUUGCCGCUCGUCACACAAAUUACAGCCGAAGAUCUUCAGAGGAUCGGAGUGUCUCUGGCCGGACACCAGAAGAAAAUCCUGACCAGCGUUCAGUCGAUGAGGCACAACAUCGACGACCAGUCCCCGACUGAAUCCGUGUAACCGCACGGCGGAGCGACGCAGUAUGAAAUAUUCGACAAGUGUACAGUCCGAACGAGGAGGCUGUCGUCUUUUCUGUUUCACCCACCUGAACUUUCCGUGUUUUUCACAAUCACUGUGGCUGUUUAUGUGUCUGUGUGGCGUCUCCGGGUCCCUCCUUCGCUCAUUGGACAGACGUCCACACAUUGGAGUUAAUUAUUUGUGACUGAAAAUUAAAAGAAAGAAAAACAAAAAAAACAAAGACAAUACCGGGGUCCAAUCACAAACCCUCGUUCACUCUCUCACCUGAAAUCUGCCUGCGAGAUAAACUUCCAUCAGUGAAAUCCACAAACCUGUUUUUACCAGCUUGACUGUUUGAUUCAAGGACGACAUGGCCUAGUUUUUAUGUGAGGAUAAAUCACACAAACACGUUACUGUGAAGAGGAAGCUGACUUUUAUACGAAGGCACAGAAACUGGAGCAGGUGUUUCUGGAGACUCCACCCGGCUUUUGUUGUUAUCUCCAGUCUCGUUGACUACAUCGAGCGAGUUGGUGAAAAUCGCCACCAUUUAAAAACCGAGACGGGCGCCAACAGUUAACUGGGACUUCUGUGAAUCUAUCUUCAUAUUGAAGAGUCUGUACAUAUUAUGAUAUGGGAUGUUUGUUUCCUAUUUUGCUCAUUUGCUUUCCAACAAUUAAUUACCACUGGAGUAUUCGUGCGCUCUCUGUGAUUAUCUUCCUCCGUCUGCCUCGUCACUGGAACAAAUUUUAAAGUGGUGGUGCUGCAGACACACACACACAAAAAAAAAAAAGGUUUCAUAGCUCCAUUUUUUCGUACUUUCCAUGCAGCCAUGAAAAGAUCAACUCUUCCACACACGGAGCUGGUGAAGUCUGACCUACUUAAAACACUUAAUGCAGAGGGAAUCAUAAUAAAUGGUGUUUUACAGUCAGUACAGAUGCCCUCUGAGUAAAGGCAAUUACAGACCAAUGCAGAUGAAGAAAUAUUAAACCAUCGCAGUGUAACAAGUCUUUUUUUUUUUAACUAAACUAGAAAGCAAAGCAACUGCCGUCAAGAGACUGUGUGGGUAUUCGAUCAUUAGCAGCUGCUGAGACUCACCUGUUGGAAACACAGCACAGUCCAGAGAGUCUCCAAAGACAGGACAGGUAUUCCCGUCCAACGUUCUUGUGAUUUGGCUGCAAACCCUAAAGCCGUCUGCUUGAAACGUUUCUGUCAGAAGAUGGCAAGCAUCGGCCUACAGCGACAGGCAGGCAGGCAGGCAGGCAGCCGGGCGGGGACCUUUGUAUGAAUUCAAUUUUGUAUUCAUUGGCCGCCGGACGUGUCAUUGUUGUCAGCGCCGGCUUUGACAGUCACAUUUAGCGAAUUGACAAGAGCUGAUUAACACCGUGUCAGUUUGCAGACAUGAAGCGACCCGUCCACGUUCUCACAUCCGUGGACAGAAACCUUUCAUCCGUUCACGAGCAACAAAGACCGGUGUCAGGAGGAGAUCCAACAACACCGGGGCGGUCAGGGAGGAAGCUGACAGCGUGUUUGUCGUGUUUUUGUGCAUAAAUAUGAUGUUUGACUCACCGGUAAAUCAAAACAUGAUAUAAAGAAGGUCUGGGGGAGCUCCUAAACCUCCGGUCAAUGCGUGUGCACCCACACAUUAAGGAUUCCCGGCCUGUAGCACUGACUGGAUGUCCUGAUGUUUGCUUUUCUUUCUUUACUGCUGCAUGACGUUUGUGUUCGUCCUCGGGUCGCCGCUCUCCGCCUGCCGGGACGGCCCAGAGUCUUUUUAUUUAUUUAUUUAUUUAUGAUCCGGGUUUCCGCUCCAUCGUUGCCUGGCAACGAUAGCUUAUUGAACAUUUUAUCAGGAGGUAUUGGGAUCAACCCGGGAGCGUGUCAGCGGUUCAGAGGCGCACUUCGUUGUAAAUAGACGCCUCCGGCCGGCUCGACAGAGCCUGAGACGACUCGGACGAGUGUGGCUGGAGCUCAUAUUUAAAAAAAAAAGACAUCUAUCAAUACAGGCAGGCGUCUUGAUACAUUAUGUAACAUCCCUCGCUAAGUGUGACGUGUCUGUCCUCUGCUUCAUGUUUCUUUUCCUGCUGUUGAACAAGGUGGGAUGUGAGCUUCACAUGUUCCCGUGUCAGCACGUCUUGUCUUUGUCUGAGCACCACAGAGGAGAUAUCUCAGGAACACAACAGAUGUGAGUUUGCUGCAUAAAAUGAGAUUUAUUGGUAAAUAAUGCACUACGUAAAAAGACGAAGAGUUCGUGGAGUUGCUGUUAGUUUUCUGAAGUGCUUAUUAAAAGUUAAAUCCACCCUGAAUCCAAGAGGAGAACACAUCAGUGAGAGUUCUCUGCUCGUUAAUGUGAACGUUCAAUAACACACACUCUGAUUAGAUCAGUCGGGGCACGUCGUCUAGUUUAAGGCCAAAUUACAUUUUUAAUCCUUUUUAUUCAAAGUGUGGAGUUUUGACAUUAAGCUUUCUUUUCUUAUGAAGUUUUUUCUGCGAGUCACUGCAGACCUAAGACAACCUACAAGGCCGUGUCCUAAUUCUGCAGCUUUAUGCUUUUGUGCGAAGCCGGCAUCGUGUCUUCACUCGAAUUAUUCAGGACGAGUACUGACAAAUGAUUUUUGAGCUCGCUGCUGAUCGACACUUGACAUUUGAAGGUUUUUUUACGGACGUGCAUCGCUGCAUGUAUCAUUCCCUGUUAGUGGAAAACACUUGGCAGGUGCCCUGUGGAAUCUUCUUGAACAAAGUUUGUGUUUACAUUCAGUGUUACUCAUCGUGUGGUGAAUGUAUUUCGUCUUUACUUGCUGUCAGUCUUUUUCUUCUGGUGCACUGCAGCGAUUCUCGGUGCUUCAUCUCCACCUGGAGACCAGCAGAAUAAAUCCAUGUGGUCAAAGACAGUAUAGACUUAUGAAGGUGGAGAAUCAGCUGAUCCUAGAAGUGUUUUUCACUGUUUUAGUAUUCAAAUUUGAUCAGUAAACGAAUCACAGGACUCUCCUGAGUGACCGGCUUUUCAUUUCUGUGAAAUCUUGUUUUGUCCGUCAGUUUGUCGUGACAGAUGGAUGUAAAUACCAGAGAAGCUGUGAAAGCAAACAGCUUGGCCGUCGCAGUUGGGAACAAAAGAUGUCACUGAUUUCAUCCAAAAGUGACCCAAAAAUAAAGAGUAGGUUUCUCAGCUUCUGCCGACAGAUUUUAGGCUCUGUAAUUUGGAUGUUUCUUAUCGAGGUUAACUUCUUUCGCUUCGCUGUGUUGGUUUGUGCACAGGCUUUGACUCUUUGAUACUCAUGAUGUGACCUCAGGUCAGGAUCCACAUGCAGAAGC